ACGUUGUUUAAUCAUUUAGUUUUCCAACUGAAAACUCCUAACACUGGACUCUAUAAAAAAGAUCGGGAGGUGGUUAAAUUUUGCGGACCCCAUUUUGGUGGAAUCUCCACUUCAUCUUGACCAAGGAAUCUCCACCAACUCUCGUGAUUGGCGUCUGUUCAGACAUGACUGGUUCAAAUUAAAACCUAUGUUUGAAAUGUUGGUUACUAGAAUUUGAGUGGCAGAACUUCAUGUGAGAUGCCGUGUGUGGCCUAUGUAUUAGCCAAAGAUAAAACUGAGGAAAAAAAAAAAAAAAAACAGAGAGAGAGAGAGAGAGAUGGCGAGGCCUAUAAAUUGAGACCAUGUGAAGAUCUCUUUCAAGUUGACUAACUGGGGCUCUCUAGUCUAUCUUCUUCUUUCGCUUCUGAGUCCUGCAACAAAGAAAGGGUGGGUGACAAAAAAGGAGUUGCAGUAAGGAAGAUAAGAUAGUCUCAGAGGACAACAUGCUUGAAUCAACACGACCAAGGAUGACAUGCCGUUUACCUACUCUAGCUCCCAUGUUUGAGGAUGACUGUAUGGAGCUGGUGUGGGAAAAUGGUCAGAUUCUUAUGCGAGGGCGAUCAGGUAGAGCUCAAAAGGGUCAUUCUUGGACUGGUUAUUCUUUAUCCUCCUCCAAUGCUCAGGCAGAAAAUGGAGAGAAUAUGCACACAAAGAAAGCAAGGUUAGAGACUAUUUGUUCGACUCUGAAUGACACUGCUCUCUUAGGUCGCACGGAUUCUGAUAUCAACUCUACCGAUAAUAAUAAUUCUUCACAAACUGGUUAUCUUGAAUCAUCGCCCCAAUUAUAUAAAUUCAAUUUGGAAGACAACAAAGGCAAGAGGGAGGACAAGAAGUCCAAACAUUCCAAACGUUUCCAAGAACCGGAGCUUGCUACCUCUGGGUAUUCCCGAUCAUCAGAAACAGUUUUAGGACCAAAACUGAACUCAAGCAAGACCUUAUUGCCAAUGGGUACUGAACAGCACACGUCAACCUUACCGGAGCGUGAUUCUCAACCUGAUAAGAAAUAUGGAGCAGUGAAAAUCUCUUACUCACGAUCUGCAGCUAUUCUCAAAGCUAAUAGUCAGAGCAGCGGUGUGACAAGGCCAACAAGUAGUCUGGUUUUUACAGGAGUUCAGGAGACGAAAUGUGGCAACGAUGAGAGGCCUCCUCCUCUGGGUGGUAGAAACGCUCUUGAAUCAACAGUGAUUGAACGGGCUACUACUUCAAAAAGUGUAACAGGUAUUCAGAAUCAAGCAGAAGCAGAGCUUCUACCACCUGUUGCCAAGACAAAGGAGCCACUGCCUCGUGAGCACUCUGAAGCUUUUGGAAACCAAACCUCGAGCUUAGCAGAAAAUACACGAAAAGGAAAGACCGAUGUGAAGAUUUUAACUAAGCCACCCGUUACAUCUUCUUCAGUAUGCUCACUUGGAGCUUCGAACGAUCCAUCAUAUUCUUUGAGGAGGACGUACGAGGAAACUGAGUCGUCGGCAGGUCCAAGUGAGAAUGUUGAAGAACCGCAGGGUUUAAGAAAACAGGCGCCUGGUCGUAGCUGUACUGGUGGCAAGAGAAGCCGAACUGCGGAAGUUCAUAAUUUGUCUGAAAGGAGGCGAAGAGACAAAAUUAACAAAAGGAUGCGUGUAUUAAAAGAACUCAUACCGAAUUGCAAUAAGGUGGAUAAAGCUUCAAUGCUUGAUGAGGCCAUUGAGUAUCUGAAAACCCUACAGCUUCAACUACAGAUUAUGUCGAUGGGAAAUGGUGUUUGUAUGCAUCCAAUGAUGUUACCUACUGCAAUGCAACAUAUCAAUGCAGCACAUUUGACACAUUUCUCUGCCAUGGGUGCUGGGAUGGGUAUGAGAAUGGGCAUGGGAAUGGGUUGCGGCCCAGCACAGUUCUCUACAUCACAAGUAGGAGCCACUGCUCUGCCUGGGAUUACAGGAACUAGCUUUCAAAUGCUUGGAUUUCCUGGUCAAGCAUUUCCCAUGCCAGUUUCACACCCAUCCUUCAUUCCUUCGCUAGGAAGCCAACCUAUCCAAUCAGUUCUAGCACAUGGCAUCUCUGGAGCCUCCCCACUUGUAGAACAUCUUGGUUCUGUUCCCCUAACAGGUUCAGAGGAUUUCAGUCAGAACAUCUACUCAGAAAAGAUUAACCACGGAAAUACAGAAUCCUCAAAGAUCCAAACAUCAAGGUGUGAGCAUUCACUUGCAAGACAUGCAUAUUUUUUCCCUUGAGGUUAAAAAGAACCAUUUGAAGGAUAAGCAAAUGAAUUCAGCCACAGAUUGUUUCCAAGGUCUUGUUCCAAUGAAUGUCAGCUGUAGAAUAGGAAAAAAAUGAUUUCAUACUAGAAGAACCGCAGCUAUGGAGCUUGACUUAAAA